AUGUCUAACAGACAACCUCUCAUAUCAUUCGGACCCCCAAACAAGCGCCACGACCUGACGGAGGGGACCCAGGCCCUCCAGAGCUUCUACUUUGGCUCCCAAAACAACGUGCUUGAGGCGCCCACCAACCCCUACAAACUCCUUGCUAACGCCCAUCAUCCGCUCUUGGACAUUGAUCUCCGCCAUGACCCACCCAGUAAUCCUGUGCUGCCUCUUCUUACCUCUCAGCUCCAUGCUGCAGAUUGUUGCAUCAGAGGCAUAGCUUGUAUAGUUCAGAAGACCAUCAGGAGCCCUACUGAAAUUAUGUCCCAUGUGACCCAUCUCCUCCUCGCAACUGGAGCGGACUAA